UGACGAGUGACUUUUCCCUCCCUCCUAUAAAAGCCAGCACUCCCCCUCCUGCUGCAGUCAGUCCUCCUCCAGUCCGCUCAACAUGAGUUUCAUGGAGCAUCCCUUCUUCGGCCCGGGCUCGUACCGCAAGGCUCGGCCCACCUCCGUGUCCUCCAGCGGCUUCCACUCCCAGCGCCGCCGCCUCACCUACAGCCAGCCGCCUUCCGUCGACAGCCUUGAGACCUUUAACGGUGACAUGACGAGGAGGAAUGAGAAGGAGAUCCUGCAGACCCUGAACGACCGGUUCGCCGGAUACAUCGAAAAGGUGCGCAACCUGGAGAUGCACAACCGCAACCUGGAAGCAGAAGCGGCGGCUCUGCGGCAGAACCAGGCCGGCCGCUCCUCAGUUGGGGAGCACUACGAGCGUGAGCUGGGGGACCUGAGGGGUCUCCUACAGCAACUUACAGGGGAGAAGGCCUGCGUAGCUCUGGAGCACGAGCACCUGGAGGAGGACAUACAGCACCUGCGGGUAAGGCUGGAGGAUGAGGCGCGGAACCGGGAAGAGCUGGAGGCUGCCGCUCGCACCAUGAAGAAGUAUGUAGAGGAGUGCCGACUGGCGCGAACGGAGCUGGACAAGAAGCUCCGUGCCCUGGAGGAGGAGGACGCUUUUCUUAAGAAAAACCACGAGGAAGAAGUGGCGGAGCUCCUCGCGCAGAUUCAGGGGGCACAGGUGAGCUAUGAUAUGCGAGACUCGCUCAAGACGGACGUCACCGCGGCACUGCGAGAGAUCCGCACGCAACUGGACACUCACACAACCAAGAGCUCAACGCACGCAGAACAAUGGUUCAAGGUGCGCAUGGAGCGUCUGUCCGAUGCUGCGAGGUCAAACCAGGAUGCAAUCCGUGGGUCUCAGGAGGAGAUCGGAGAGUACCGCCGUCAGCUCCAGAGCCGCACCAUCGAGCUGGAGACUCUCAGAGGAACCAAAGAGUCCCUGGAUAGGCAGCGCAUGGAGAGUGAAGACAGACACCAUGAUGACCUCAACUCUCUACAGGAAACGAUCAAUCACCUGGACAAUGAGCUGAAAACGACUAAAUGGGAGAUGGCGAGUCAGCUGAGAGACUAUCAGGAGCUGCUGAAUGUCAAGAUGGCUCUGGAUAUUGAAAUAGCUGCUUAUAGGAAAUUACUGGAGGGGGAGGAGAACCGCUUCGUGUCAGGAGGUAGUCCGUUCUCUUACCUGGAAGGCAGAUUCUCCAGCCACUUCAAAGUGAAAGGAGAGGAGAUCUCAGACACCGUCAUUGUGGAGGAACAGACGGAUGAGACCCAGGUGACGGAGGUGACAGAGGAGGCAGAUGAUGAGGAAGAGGAGGAAGAGAAGGAAGAGGAGGAGGAGGAGGAAGGUGAGGAAACCAAAGACGAGGUGGGAGAGGGUGAAGAAGGAGAAAAUAAGGAGGAGGUAGAGGAGGGAGAAGAAGAGAAGGAGGAAGAAAAGGGAGAGGAAGAGGAGGAGGAAGGGGAAGAGAAAGAGGAAGCAGGUGAGGAAGCAGCUGAGGAAGCGGAAGACAAAUCAAAAUCUCCAGAAAAAGGUGCAUCCCCUCCUUCAAAAUCCCCUCAGCCUAAAUCUCCUGCUGUCGAAUCCCCACAAAAAUCACCAGAAUCUAAAUCACCAGCAGCCAAAUCCCCUAUUCCCAAAUCACCCGCUAAAUCGCCUGCAACCAAAUCUCCGUCAGGAGAUGAGUCAAAGUCACCUGCAGCAAAGUCACCUCCGUCCAAAUCACCUGAAUCUAAAUCUCCUCGCCCCAAGACCCCUGAACCAAAGUCUCCAGUAAAGGAAAUGGCCAAGCCUGCUGCUGCCAAAGACACCCUGAAAGAGGAGAAGAAAGAGGAGAAGAAAGAGCCUGUCAGUGAGGAAAAGAAGGAGAAAGAGCAACCUGUGAAGGAGGAGAAGAAACAAGAGCCCAAGGAGAAAGAACCGGAGAAGUCAGAAAAACCUGAUAUUAAAAAAGACACAAAGGCUGACGACAGUACAAAACCUGUCACUCCAAGCAAGCCUGCAGAGGAAAAACCUUCCCCCAAGUCUGAGCCGAAAGAUAGCGCUCCCCCCGCCAAGGAGGAGAAACCCUCUGCUCCUAAAUCAGAGGCCAAGCCAGAGGUAAAGCCUACUUCUAAACCCCAGCCUGAGGCAACAGAGAACAGCAAGAAGGAGGAGAAGAAGUCAGAGGAGAAGACCGUGCCUACAGCGGAACCUGGGAAAGCGGAGAGCAAGAAAGCGGAGAAGAAGCCAGAGGAGAAGAAGCCAGAGGAGAAGAAGGAGGCUAGUAAAGAGGAGAGUAAGGAGACAAAGGACGAAGGGAAAGCUGAGAAAUCGUCUGGCACUGAGUCCAAGGAGAGCAAGGAGGAGAAAGUCAAGAAAUAAGAUGAACAUGCUGCUUUCAAGGCACCAGAAGAGGAGAUGCCAAAGAACUAUGAAUGCUGAGCAGGAGAAAAGGCAGAGAAAUGACCAAAAGCAAAGCAGGCGAUGGUAUGUAAGCAAUAGUGAUUUCUGUAGCAAAUAAUCCCUUGCUCCUUAAGUAUGGCCACUACACCCCCUCCCCCUAUGCUUCUGAUGUAUGACUGUAGUGAAUGCAGAAUGCUCCUAACUCUUUAUCUGAAUGUGACAACUGCCCUUAAUCAAUAACAAGUGCAUUUAAACUGAAUCCCGCUGACGGGGACGGUAGAGGCCUGCUGUAUCUACAGAAGCCUUCAAGGGUAGAUGUCAAAAUAAUGUCAAGCUAAAGAUUGUGACAAAUAUUAUAUAUAAAAAUGUAUAUUUAACAGAUACAAAUGUCUAUUAUAUUUACUGAUACACGAGUUAGAAAGACUUGAAUUUUGCUUGUCGCGCACCUUAAAAUGCAGCUUCUCCUGACAGGUGAGCUGCAGCAUCUCACUCCUCUGGUCUGCAAUGCUAGGACAAUGAUGACUGUGCUAUGUAUAACUACUGAGAAUAUGCAAUAUGAAACUGAUAAAUAAAGAAUAUAAAUAUCAAA